GAAACCAGGGGGUUUUACACCAUUUAACCGGAGUUCUGACAGCUGAGCUCCGGUGUUUGCUCUUCUAAGGACAGAAUCGGAAGCCACAGAGUCUUUCCAAGUGGUGUCCGCAGUGAGAAGUCGGGUUCCUUGCGAUCGGAGAAAGAGAAGGGACUCUCUCGGGGCUUUUGGGGAAGUUUGGGAGUGCAGUGGCUCUGCAGCCAUGGGCACCUUGAGGGACCUGCAGUACGCGCUACAGGAGAAGAUCGAGGAGUUGCGGCAGAGAGACGCGCUCAUCGACGAGCUCGAGCUGGAGCUCGAUCAGAAGGACGAACUCAUCCAGAAACUCCAGAACGAGCUGGAUAAGUACCGCUCCGUCAUGAUCCCAGGCACCCAGCAGGUCCGCAAGAGGAGCAUCCUGCAGGAGCAGCAGAGGACCAAGAGACAGGCCAUCUCGGCGGAGCCGACAGCGCUGGACAUCCAAGACAUCAGCCACCUUACCCUGCCCUUCUACCCCAAGAACUUGCCGUCUAAAGAAUUAAUAAAGGAGGCGAUUUUGGAUAAUGACUUUAUGAAGAACCUUGAGUUAUCGCAGAUCCAAGAGAUUGUGGACUGCAUGUACCCAGUUGAAUAUGGCAAAGACAGCUGCAUCAUCAAGGAAGGCGAUGUGGGCUCACUGGUAUAUGUCAUGCAAGAUGGGAAGGUUGAAGUGACAAAGGAAAACAUAAAGCUGUGCACAAUGGGACCAGGGAAGCUGUUUGGGGAACUGGCCAUCCUCUACAACUGCACCAGGACUGCCACAGUGAAGACUAUCACCAAUGUGAAACUGUGGGCCAUUGACAGGCAAUGCUUCCAAACCAUUAUGAUGAGAACCGGAUUAAUCAAGCACGCUGAAUACAUGGAGUUAUUGAAAAGCAUUCCAACUUUUCAAGACCUUCCAGAAGAAAUACUGAGCAAACUUGCUGAUGUCCUUGAGGAGACACACUAUGAGAGUGGAGAGUACAUUGUUCGGCAGGGAGCCAGAGGAGACACAUUCUAUAUCAUCGGCAAGGGAAAGGUAAAUGUCAGCCGGGAAGAGUUGGACAGCGAGGACCAUGUUUACCUGCACACUCUGGGGAAGGGGGACUGGUUUGGAGAAAAGGCCCUUCAGGGGGAGGACAUAAGAACCGCCAAUGUCAUCGCAGCAGAAACUGUCACCUGCCUGGUUAUCGACAGAGACUCAUUUAAGCAUCUGAUCGGAGGCCUGGAGGAUAUGUCCAAUAAAGGCUAUGAGGAUGCUGAAGCUAAGGCAAAACAUGAAGCAGAGAAGGCCUUUUUCUUCAACUUGAACUUGACUGAUUUCAACAUCAUCGACACAUUGGGUGUGGGAGGAUUUGGCCGUGUUGAACUGGUACAACUUAAAAGUAAUGAAGCUAAAACAUUUGCCAUGAAGGUCUUGAAGAAGCAGCACAUAGUGGACACACGGCAACAGGAGCACAUCCGCUCAGAGAAGCAGAUCAUGCAGGAAACACAUUCUGACUUCAUUGUGAGACUGUACAGGACAUUCAAAGACAGCAAAUAUCUGUACAUGUUAAUGGAGGCAUGUCUUGGAGGAGAGCUGUGGACCAUCCUUAGGGACAGAGGUUCAUUUGAAGACUCCAUGACCAGGUUUUACACUGCGUGUGUAGUUGAGGCUUUCACUUAUCUGCAUUCCAAAGGCAUAAUCUACAGGGACCUCAAACCAGAGAAUCUCAUUUUGGAUCACAGAGGUUAUGCAAAACUGGUGGACUUUGGUUUUGCCAAAAAGAUUGGUUUUGGGAAGAAAACCUGGACAUUCUGUGGAACUCCAGAGUACGUGGCACCUGAGAUCAUCCUGAAUAAAGGACACGACAUCUCGGCAGAUUACUGGUCCCUGGGCAUUCUCAUGUAUGAACUCCUAACUGGCAGUCCUCCAUUUUCAGGGCCUGAUCCUAUGAAAACAUACAACAUCAUACUGAGAGGAAUUGACAUGAUUGAAUUUCCAAAGAAGAUUACCAAAAAUGCUGCCAAUUUAAUAAAAAGACUGUGCAGGGACAACCCUUCUGAAAGGCUGGGAAACCUGAAAUAUGGUGUGAAGGACAUUCAGAAGCAUAAAUGGUUCGAAGGCUUUAACUGGGAUGGCUUGGAGAAGGGAACACUAAACCCGCCUGUCAUUCCCAAUGUCACAUCACCGGUUGACACAAGUAACUUCGACAGUUUCCCUGAGGAGAACGACAACCCACCUCCGGACGACAACUCUGGCUGGGAUGCAGACUUCUGAUCACUCUUUCCUGCAAUGG